AUGAAUCAAAAUGUUAUCCUAUGGAAACCUAGUGAAAGGGAACAUUUGGAAAGGUUUUUCAGGGAAAUAAAAUCACACAAUCACCACAUAGCAGCAGAAGGUCAUUGUUUCAAGUGUAAAAAAUUACAAAAGUUGUGUUGCAAGCAAUUGUGCGUGAUACAGGGGCAUUCAGGUUCUGGGAAAAAAACCACGCUCCAACUCAUAGCUAAUCAAUUGGCAAUUGAAUUGCUCGAGUACAAUUCAAUUGGGAAUUACAAUGAAAACGUGGCGAAUAAGACACAAGUAUUCCUAAACUUUUUGAGUGAAGUUAGAAAGAAGAGAAGAUUGACAAUUAGUAAAAAUACUUCGACUAAAGCGACUGUUAUUUACGAUAUACCAUCAACUAUUGAAUUGAAAUUCGUUGAAUCACUAAAGGAAGAGUUGCAUUAUUUAACAACAUCACUAAAUGGAUUAGUUAGCCCGUUUAUUAUAUUGGUAAAUGACUCUAGCAGGGAUACCAUUUUUCUGAACAAGAUCUUCGAGGAUUUUACUAGUAGCCCAUCCAUUGCAUAUAUAAAAAUCACAAACAUUAACAAAUCAAAAAUUAAAAAAUUGUUAACGGAUUGGCUUGACACUAGAUACGGAUCUACCAAGAUUGUUAGAAAUUUAACACAGCUAACAAACUAUCUGAGUGACAUAGCAAAGGGAGACAUAAGAUUUGCAAUAUCAAUGUUGCAAUUCUACAGUAUCUCAAAUUUCAAUAACUACCUACCGCUUGGUAAGGAUGUAUUGCUUACUCCUUUUCACACGUUAGGAAAAAUUCUGUACAACAAGAGAUACCCUUUGGUCAAAUGGUCAACCGUUCAAUGUAACCAUCAAACGGGUAGAUACAUAAAUUUUUUAACAAAAAACACAAUUAAACCUCCAUUCGCACCAAAUAGAUCUAUUAGACCUAAUAAAAUGGACAUUGACCAGUACUGGGAUAUUUUGGAACUAGAUAUAUCAUCAAACACUGUUACGCCCAUCGAUAUAAAUGCUAGUGAUAUUGAUGCUGAUAAUAAUAUAAAUAUAAAUAUAAAUGAGGCGUAUUCAAAAUUUGAAUAUAACCAAAGAGCUACAACACUAGACAAUAUAAACACUGGCUUGUGUAAAUUGGACUGGUGCAAGUUACCAUUGGGCGUCAAAUUGGAUGGCUUAGGGAAGUCUGAUGAAUUUCAACACAUUGGACCAUACUCUAUACCAGAAGGCGUAGGUGAACCUAAACAAUUAAACCCUAAUUACUUGACCCCCAAAUGUAAUAGGCCCUGCUCAUACUUCGUGCCGGAGGAAGUUAUUGCCAUGUCUGGUUGUGACGAUGAUUAUUUUACCGAAUCUCUCCGUCAGGAAUUCAUCAAUUUUUACUGCGAAAUCUAUGAUAUAGCCAGAGCAGAGUCUCAUUUUGCGUUUGUCGAUACCAUAAGGGAGGCGGGCAGUAGAUUAAAUUAUUCAUUACUGGCCAAUAUAAAUCUUCCAGCUGUAGCAGCUAGGGGGGUGUUGGAUUAUAAUUUGAAACCAACAGAUCCCAAAUCUAAUAAUGGCUCGUUAUACCAAUUUAAAUCUUUGGAAUGUGUCACUAAUGAAAGAAAGUAUAGAAAGAUUAUAGAAAUUGCGCAAAGUAAAGGUAUGAAUGUAUCACAAUCAACGUUCAAACACUUGUUACCCUUUAAGUAUAUGAUGAAACAUAAUAUAAUUAGGCAGCUUAGCAGCAUGUAUGAUGGUUGGUGCAAAUAA